UGUCAGCUCCAGCACACUGCUUUGUAUGGCUCUGCAUAGCAGAGUCAUACAAAGCAGUAUGCUUACAGUGGAAAGAAAACACACACAGUACACAGUUAACCCUUUGAUCGCCCCAGAUGUUAACCCUUUCCUGAACAGUGCCAUUAGUACAGUGUCAGUGAUUUUUAUUAGCAUUGAUCACUGUAUUGGUGUCACUGGGGAUGUCAGUGACACCAAGUCAGCUCCCCCCAGUCACAGAAUGCCCGCUGCAGUCCCGCUAUAAGUCGAUGAUCGCCGCUAUUACUAGUAGAAAAAAAAAUUCCAAUAUAUAUGCCGCCAGUUGUAAACGCUAACUUUCAUGUAAACCAAUUAAUUUA